UUAAGAUGAUGGUGACUGUUGUUAUUGUAUUCACCAUGUGUUGGCUGCCUUUCAAUGUGCUCGUGCUCCUACUCAACGACGAUGACUUCAAUAUGUGGGAUCCGCUGCCCUACUUCUGGUUUGCAUUCCAUUGGCUGGCAAUGUCGCACAGCUGCUAUAAUCCAAUCAUUUAUUGCUAUAUGAAUGCUCGAUUUCGUGGUGGUUUCCUGCAGAUUAUUUAUCGCGUGCCCGUUUUUCGUCGAUGCUUUUGCCUGCGUCGUUAUUUGCAUAAUCGUGGCGAUCGAAAUUAUGAUGCUACCGGUGAGAUGACCUUCAAAUUCAAUGCCGAUAGAGGUGGAGGUCUGUUGAGGAAACCUAAAAUACGCAUUAGGCACGGACGAUGCAUUCCACUUGCAACGGGUGAACACCUCAACCACUUACAUCAGUACACGAAGAAAACUCCGAGCGAAUUCUAUGCAAAUGAGUCAAUUUUCAUGUGCAGAGCCCAUGGUGUUACGGUAGUGCCAGUCCCAUAGAUGUAUCCAGUCAUAUGUCGCCACACCGCCCACAAGAACAAAAGUUCAACCGCCCAUCAGAACAUCUCGCCUUUUGUGAUGGAAAAUACUACGCCGUAACUAUAUUAGAAGGGAGAGCAGAUCAUCAGCGAAUGCAAAACUUAGAGCUGACUUACGGGCCAUACAAAUUUUAUGUUUAACUGUGAAAUUGCGCUCGACACACCCACAACAGACGUGCAUCUUCAUAUAGAUAUAUUUGUUAGUAAAAAUAUUUAUAUUAAAAAAGCGGAGAGAAAUAACAUUUUUCAAGAAAAUAAACCAAAGAAGAGCUUAGCUUUUAAGUUGCCAGCAACUCUAUUACAGUUAAGCUGAGAAUCAAAUUUUACCAAAGAAUAUCCUAAGAGCGUUUGUGUAAAUCUAUGUGUGUUCGAUGCAUGUACGACUAAUUUAAAAUGUGCGUGUAUGUGUGCUUAAGUAUUUUACAUGCAUUCUAAAAGUCACCUUAUCGAUUUCUUGAAGGCAUCAACUUAUAUUGUCAGCUAUUAUUGGGUACUUAAUUGAAAUUUUUAACUAUGGUAUUUGCUAGUCACGUGAAAACCAAAAAUUUAUACAAACUUGCUUGUAAACUUGGUAUGAAAAUUAUACGAAGUAAUUAUUUUGCAGCUUACAUACAUACAAAGGUAUACGCAUAAGUGCUUUCAUUUACGAAUAUGGAUUGCAUGCACCUCUGCGAACACAUUUUGAAAAUACUGAGCAUCUGUACACAAUAAGUGAAGUUUUUAAUGUAGACAAAGAAGAAAAUAAA